AUGCGGUGUCGUCAUUCUGAGGAUAAUCUUAUGCAUGAACGACAAACAAGUACGCAGGGUACAGUUGUAGAUUUUCACAGUACUCCUAACACUCUGGCAACAGAUUGGCCAUGGGGACUUCUUCUUUCUGAUAAGCAUCAUGUACUUUUCUCUUCUGAUAAACGACGAGUUACGGUUGGUCGCUCUCAUAAUUGUGAUAUAGUAGUAGAUGAUCCUCGAAUUAGUGCAGUUCAUUUUGCCAUUAUUCUUUCCCUUGAAGUAACUGUUCCAUCACCUGGUGAAUUACAACAGUAUCAUCAUCGUAAUCGAUCAGUUCCACAUUGUUGUACCUCUUCAAGUACUGCAUUGGUACCACCACGGAUUUUGCGGGGUAAUCGUGAGUCUAUUGUAUUUGAAGAUAAUAUUGCUACUAACUCAGUUGCUGUAGGUGGAUUAUUCUGUCAAAGAUCUCCCGAGGUGAGAGUGUAUCUAGAAGACCUAAGUAGUAAUGGUACCUAUGUGAAUGAUAUGAUUGUGGGAAAAGGUAGACGUUGUCAAUUACUGAGUGGGGAUGAUAUUGGAGUUGUGGCUAUUCCAUCAAAGGUAACACGUGAAGAGUGGGAAACGGGAAAGUUGGGAAUAUCAAGAGGAUCUUCUUCAUUAAUAGGUGUUAAUGAAGCAAGACUUUUAGCCAAUCUUCCUCAAAGCCGAUCGUAUGUUGAAAGAUUUUGUUUUCAAGCCUAUCAUUCACCAGAAGUAACCACUAUAUUAAACUUUUCUGAACAACCAAAAUGUGAGGAAGAGGAGGAGGAAGAAGUAGAAGGAGAAGAAAAAAAAGACAAUAAUGAUAAUAAAGAAAAAGAAAAACAACAACAACAACAACAAGUACGACAACGAUUUUGUUGGAGGAAAGAAGACUGUGUGGCUAUUCAACCAUUGGUAAAGGCUCCAUUUCGAUCUAUUCGAUGGCAACAAGGUCAUCCUAUUGGACGUGGUGCGAGUAGUGUGGUGUAUGCUGGAAUUGAUUUAGAUACUGGUCAAAUGGUAGCGUUAAAAGUAAUUAGAAAACCAGAACAUUUCUCAGUCUAUAAAGAUGGUAUCUUCUAUAAUAAAAAUGAAGGUGGUUUACCUUUACAUUUUGAAUCCAAGAAAGUAGAAGCACAAUGUUCCCCAAUGAGUGUUGUAAACUGUUGUAAAAAGUUUCAUGAAAAUUCCCGAAAAAAUUUUGAUAGAUUAGAUGAAUCACUUCGAGAACUUUGUUUCCUUACACAUCUUGUUCAUCAACGUAUUGUACGUUGUCUUGGUGUACAAAAAGUUCCUGAAGGUAUUUGCAUUAUAUUAGAAUAUGUAGCUGGAGGUACUUUACGAGAUCUAAUUAAAAAUUUUGGAGCUUUUCAUGAAAAUGUUAUCCGACUUUAUAUGCUUCAGGUACUUCAGGGAUUGGAAUACCUUCAAUCACAGGGUGUGGUUCAUGGUGAUCUCAAGAGUGCAAAUGUACUCAUGUCUGAAAAGGGAAAUUUAAAAAUAACUGAUUUUGGUACAAGUCGAUUUGUAAGAACCACUUACACUACACAUUCUAAUAAUAAUAAUAAUAAUAAUAAUAAUAAUAAUAAUAAUAAUCAUAAUAAACGAGAACGAGUAGAAGGAAUUGAUUAUUCAUCACAAGGUGAAACCAAAAGACUCUGUGGAACACCUCUUUAUAUGAGUCCAGAGUUUAUUAGAAGUCAAGAAUCCACCUUCGCAUCCGAUGUUUGGGCAUUAGGAUGUAUGGCGUAUGAAAUGGCUGUGGGAGUUCCACCCUGGGAAGAAUAUCAUGAUUUACCUCCACACUCUGUUGUUUGGAAAAUAGGAGCAUCUGAUAAGGGACCAAAUUUAAAUCGUCUUCAUCAUCGUGGGGCAAGUACUGCCUUGUUAAGUUUUCUUGAAUGUACACUUCACAUGGAUCCUCAUCAACGUUCUUCGGUAGCGGAAUUAUUAAAACAUCCAUUUAUUGUGGGAAGAUUGUGUAUUACAUCUUCCCCUUCUCUUGCCUUGUUUCCCGCAACUCCACCGAAUUGGAGUCAAUCCGUAAGUCCAUCUCUAUUGCAAAUAUCAUCAAGUUGUAAAAGAUCCAACUCUAAUGGAAAUGGGGAGUUCUUCUCACAAAGGGAUGAGGGAAAUAAAUGUGAUCCUAUGAUGGUGAUUGGAUGUGAAAGUGAUGAGAUCCAGCAACAACAACAACAAUAUGUGGAUUCAAAUCCACCCUCAUUGGAUUUGGGAACUUCAACAAAGAUUGCGUUAGUACAGAGUAAUGAAAAUGAGACGAAAGAGACAACAACAACAACAACAAACUCAUCUCAUACGCCUGGAGUUGAGGAUCAUAAAGCCUUUGUCUAUAAACUCUGUCGUGAGAAAAUUCUAGCGGAGAAAGAUGAUGAUGAUAAUAAUGAUAAUAACAAUGAUAUUAAUGUAGAUGUGGGGUCUAGUCCUUUAGAUGAAUCUUCGUCGGUUAUGCAAUCUCAACGAUGGCGAUUAGGUGAUUCACCCACAGGAUUUCAACAGGCAGCAGAUAUAAUAGAUAAUCAAGAGAAAGAUAUGAUGAAGGACAAUAACGGUGAUAUCGUUAAUUGUAAAGGGGAAGAAAUUCAUGAGAAGUCUACCAUAUUUCCUGCAGGUGAGGGUAUUACGGCCGAAUUUUCAGGAUUGGUACAAAUAUUUAGGGACUAG